CGGAAGAAGUUAGCCUCCUGCGCUUCCGCAUUCGAAACUGGUCGCCCCUUGGAGCUUCGAGUGCCCGUUAACGGGCCGGUGCGGCUGACGCUCCUCAGCCAUGUUGCGGGGCCUGGGCAGUUGGUUGGGGCUGGAGCGGGCAGGCGAGGAGAAGCUGCUACCAGCUGAGAAGAGGAGUAGCUCCGCGGAGGAGGAGGAAGAAGAAGUAGAGGAGGAGGAGAAGGUGGUGGUGGUCGAUAAGGAGGCAGCCGUGCAGAACUCGGAACAGCCGGACUCGGAGGCGCUCCUCAGCCAGGCUAAGGGGCUAGGCAGUUACCUCUUCAAUUUUGCCACUGCCGCUACAAAAAAGAUAUCUGAAUCCGUUGCUGAAACAGCACAGACAAUAAAGAAGUCUGUAGAAGAAGGAAAAAUCGAUAGUAUCAUUGAUAAGACAAUUAUUGGAGAUUUUCAGAAGGAACAGAAAAAAUUUGUCCAAGAGCAGCAAACAAAAAAAUCAGAAGCAGCAGUACCUCCCUGGGUAGACAGCAAUGAAGAAGAGACAAUUCAGCAACAAAUACUGGCCUUAUCAGCAGAUAAACGAAAUUUUCUGCGGGAUCCUCCGGCAGGUGUGCAGUUUAAUUUUGACUUUGAUCAAAUGUACCCUGUUGCAAUGGUGAUGUUACAAGAAGAUGAACUUCUCAAUAGGAUGAGGUUUGAUCUCGUUCCCAAACACGUAAAGGAGGAGGUGUUCUGGAGAAAUUAUUUCUACAGGGUGUCUCUAAUCAAACAGUCUGCACAACUCACUGCACUUGCAGCUCAACAGCAAGCAGCAGGAAAAGAAGAGAACAAAGGCAGGGAAGAGGAUAGUCCACUGAAAGAAACAGUACGGCCAAAAACACCACCUGUUGCAAUAAAACCUCAAAUAAAAUCUCAAGAGGACGAUGAAGAGAUUUCCACAAGUCCAGGUGUAUCAGAAUUUGUAAGUGAUGCCUUUGAUGCCUGUAAUCUGAAUCAGGAAGACCUGAAAAAAGAAAUGGAACAACUGGUGCUAGACAAAAAGAAAGAAGAAACUUCAGUAGUAGAAGAAGAAACUGCUGACUGGGAAAAGGAAUUGCAACAAGAGCUUCAGGAGUAUGAGGUGGUAACAGAAUCAGAAAAGCGUGAUGAAAACUGGGAUAAAGAAAUAGAAGAAAUGCUGCAAGAAGAAAAUUGAGCGUUUUCACAAAAUCACCACAACGCUAAGCUUUUUCUGAGGACUGAUGUGGAUUUCUGCUUUCAUAUUUUGCUUAUGAAAUAUCUUCAAAAGACAUAAAGGAAUCUAAAAUUGUUAUAAUUCCAUAUGGGAAUACAACCAGUAUUUCUGUUCUUUAUGAGCAGUUUCUGAACUACAUUCUUCAAAAGAAAAAAAAAAAAGAGACAGACAUAGCAGGUUAUAUGUCAUAAUUAAAAGCGAUAACAUUACAUGAAGUGGCAGUUUAGUUUGUGGCCAUCUUAGGUGGUCAAGAAGCUCUGCAAAGAGAUUUCUAAACCUAAGAAUCUCAAACUUUUUGUCUGCAGCCUUCAGUUUUGGAUGUAAAAAUGGAUGUUGUAAGUAACUUAGACCUUGAUAAUAACUCUUUCCUUAACUGUGCACUCUGAUCCCUGUAUAAUCUGUAAAUGUGUACUAUUUUUAAGGUACUUGUAGCUUGUAGUUUUCAUGUGUAUUUAACUUCCUUAGUGUAUGUAGCCAAAGAGUUUAUAGAAAAUCCUAUUGAAUAACUUCUGAUACUUUGUUAAACAAAAUACUAAAUCAGACUCCAAAAGAAGUACUGAUUAAUUAUGAACCAGAUAUGAUUAACUGGCAAACAUUUAAGCAUUUAAAUAAGAACAAAUUUUUUUAACUGCUUGAAUUAAGCUGUUGUUUUUGUUAAAUAGGAAUAUUAAGAUGCUGCCUUUCCCCACAGAGAGAUACGGUUUAAUGCAUUCUUUCUUCACAAGAUUGUUAUGUUUCCAUUUAAUUUUGCUGUCUGAGUGAGAACAAAUUGUUUCUCUUUAAGUGCUGAAACAUUUCUGUAAAAAAUGUGACUGGUUUGGGCAUCUUUAUUAAAUACUGUAGAUAUAUAUAAAAUUGGCUCAUUUUCUUGGACAAGGGCAGAGCGAGAGACAAACAUACUUGAGAUUUGGACAGGUUUCAAAAAUACGCUUUUGUCACCAUGUAUAAGACAUCGUAUUUAAAUAGAAAAGUUUUCUUUAAAAGACUUCUUGAUUCUUCUUAGACAUCUGGAUGUUUCCUGUAGCUUUACCAUGAAGUCAGUAUCUUUGUGUAUAAAUUAAAAUAUUAUGUUCUAUUUGUCA